AUGGAGAGCUGCCGGCCGCUGGCGCUGUGCGCCCUGGCCGCCGCGCUGCUGCUGGGCGCCCGCGGGCAGGGGCCGCCCGAGCCGCCGCGCCGCGCCCGCGACCUCGGCCCCGGCCCCGGCGGCGGCGGCGCCUCCCACGAGAAGGAGCUGAUCGAGGCGCUGCAGGAGGUGCUGGAGAAGCUGAAGAGCAAGCGGAUCCCGCACUACGAGAAGAAGUUCGGGCAGGUCCCCAUGUGCGACGCCGGGGAGCAGUGCGCCGUGAGGAAGGGGGCCCGCAUCGGGAAGCUCUGCGACUGCCCCCGCGCCACGUCCUGCAACUCUUUCCUCCUCAAGUGCCUGUAGGGACGCGCCCCGCGACGCGGCGGCGGGCGCACGGGGACCCAAACGCUCCUUGCUUCGAAGUGCCGGCCUGGGAGCCGCGGCGGCAACUCCCUGCGGCUUGUUAUUCCGAGAAAAGCGGUUAGACGUCCUCGUGUUGCCAGUGUAACGCCAUGUGUGACACCCGACAUCCGUAGAGCUGUGGUCCUUCUUCCCCCUCCCCCCCACCCCGAUUUUUCCCAGUCCCGAACCCCAGCCCGCACAUUGCCGCGUGAAGGUGCCGAUGCCGGAGCUGUGCCAGGGUCGAGCCAGGAGCAGGGUGCUCCCCGGCUGCUUCCCGAGGAGGGGAACAUCCCUCCGCUGCCAGCCAGAGGGCCCGGAGCGAGGCCGGAUCCAGCCCGUGGAGGUGAGUGGGAGGGCGAAGAGCAGAGGAACGCGUGGGAAGGCCCCGGGCCCCCCUCCUGCCCCCGGUAACACCUCCCGCCGAGAGCCCGACCGCGCUCACCGUGCGCUGCAGAAAGGCCGGCGCGAAAAACCGGCCGCGUUGUUCGGGGAGCCGGUGCUGGCCUGCGGGGUGGGAGCUGCGGGACCAGAGCCCCGCAGAGGGGAAGUGCCCUGGGCCCGCUGCAGACUCGCCAAGGACCUUCCAGCCGCCUAAAGUAAAUCGCUCCCAUUUCUAUACUGAACUGAUGCGCAUAAAUAUGUACGUCCUCCACA